GCAAUGAUUUGCAGCUCAAGCAACGAUGGAUCUCCCCCACGUAAGAAACUUUGCCGAAUCACUGGAAGUCAUCCUACUGAGGAUCUCUCAAAGAUAUGUUCCAUUCAGUGGGAGGCUGACAAAUUAGAAGUUAUAAACAAGGAACUUGAUUCAUUAGAUGACACGGACUUUUUUCUGAAUCCUGAAGUAAAGGCGAGUCUUAGACUCGCACAUAGCCGCCGAGAAAAUGGCUUUUCUGUUGGUUCUGAGCAUUCGGAAUUCGCUCUGUCCACGCUUUUCGCACGUACUAACGAUGAUCGAAUCAAAUUUGGUGUUUAUUUCAAACGACAGCUAGAACCGAAAGCACAACCUACAGUGGGACAUACUGAUCCAGAUGUGCCUCCUUCUGAGACGCAUUCAAAACCCGUUAACUUCUAUCCAGAGAUUGCACAGGAUGCGAAGCGCGAAGCAACAGUACUGCAACAAGUGGCUGAGUUAAAGCAGCAAGGAAUGUGGUCUGCCAGCCGACUUCCUAAAGUACUGGAACCGCGGGAAAAGCCAACAUGGCAGGAUUGCUUUUUCAGUGAGAUGCUAUGGUUAUCAGCAGAUUUUAUUGAAGAAAGAAAAUGGAAAAAGAAGAUGGCUCUUGAUCUCGCCAAUGCUGCUCGCAACUAUUUACGGCUUCGUCAGGAAUGGAACAGACGAUGCGAGGUCGCUGUGGAGGUCCUCCGCAAGCGCAACGCUGCAUAUGUGGCAUCGAUGGUCGGGGAAUGGUGGCGCAAUGCACGGAAGGAACUCCGUGCUCUUAGCUUGAGCGCAACUGGAAAACAUCGCAGACACCUCCUUAACCAGAACACUGCUCUUCUUGCCACUGCUUCUGAUUUAUGCCCUUCGUGGAUGGCCAAAGUUCACUACAACACUUCAUCACAGAACCGUUUGAAAAGGAGUCACCAGCCCAAAGAUGAUAAAUUCAUUUCUGUCGGCGACGGAGAAACUGACGACAGUGACUGGGCACCUGCGUCGUGCACCGAAACCUCUGGCAGUGAUGAAUCGCGCAGUCGAUCAACGAGCAGUAGCCGCGCAGUUAGCUUUAUCGGUGACACAGAUGGCGAUUAUGAUGGAUGCUAUCUUGAUUCACAGGAAUCUGAUAUUCGCGUUCCAUUACUGUCUCCAACUCGUCCGCUUAUCGAGGAGUUGAACUCGUGGAAAACCGACGAACACAUUCUCCAUAUUCCCUCUGUACUAUAUUCUGCCGAUCCGGAUCCUCAGGAUGAAUAUCUCUGCCAACUAGAGGCGAAACUUGAGGCUGAGCAGCAAUAUUGCAAAUCAAACCAAAGUACUCCUCACAAUGAGGAGAACUCAUUUAGUUCGGUUCCUUAUAGUCCACGGUUUCAUAGCUCUGAUUCAACCGACUACACGUCGACUGAUAAAAACAUACUUCUCACACAGAAUCCCGAUGAAUCAAUCGCCGAUGAAAAACACGCUGAUCCCUGCCCUUCAGAAAUCCAAACAGAAGUGGACCUACUCAAUUCGGAAGCUCUUCUUCCCCUAGAAAGUGUUUUGCCCGACGAUUACCUCUCUAUUCGCGAUAAACAACUGCGGAUCACCACAAGUGAACCCCAUCAGUUCUUGCAGUCAUCUGUGUUUUCCGGACAGGAUACCUGCUUGACCGCAAUGGACUCAUCUAGUGCAAACGACAAUGUUAGUUUUACAGUUCCUCCUGACGGAGGCGUCUUAUUUUCGCUUUCCGACACUACCACUACCUUCAAUCGACCAGCAGCUCAUCUAACCGUCCCACCAUGGGGUCCGAAUUUAUCGUCCAACCUUUCGAAGUCUAGCCUCGUUGAGAUCCAAUCAAACGCCUUGCGUUUAUUUUCGCUUUUGAAAACUCUUCUGACGGAUUUGAAUACCACUGCCGACGUGUGUGCGGCUGCAAAUCUUCCAACCUUUCGUCUCUCCACUCUCCCCCUGUAUAGUAUAGCCGUUGUCGUCAGUUGGUUACGCCACGCGCUUCCUCUUCAGGUACCCGCAUUACUUCUUCCUUCCAAUCCAAUGUCGGGUGAUGCUGAACUUGCCGUCGCGGCUCAUCUUGGUCAGCUAGUCAUCCCAGUCGGAUGCAACCCUAUCCAUUCGGAUCCGGAGACAUCGACUGUGCUUGAUCCGGGCUUUGGGGACUGGGGUCCACACUUGAUCGUCACUCCGCGCCUUUACCUCCCGGUUUGGCGCAGCCGGUUAUCACACUGGUGUCCUGGCUUCAAGGUUACCUGCCUGGGUCUAGGCUCUCGCACAUCGAAGACUCCACAUGAGCCGUCAGGUUCAACCCGUCGUCUACGCUCUGCUGUCGCCCACGGUUCCGUGAAUGUGUGCCUGACCACAUAUGCGGCGGUUCUCGCUCGUCCCAGUCGCUAUUCGCACAUUCGCUGGAGCGUUAUUAUCCUCGAUCAGGUAAGUUCCUCAGUUUUGUGCAGCUACUUUCCACAUCCGCAUCGCGCAUUCGACACGUCUGUAUUCAAUGUCUAG